AUGGACCAAUUGCAUUAUAUCAAGAGCACACGAUGUGGGUAUUGUCGACAAAAGAAAGAAAUAUGGAAAUCGUGGGCCUUGCAAUCAAUUUCGGAGACUAUGCAAGAUAGAGGAUAUUGUAACAGUUCCUCCAUUACAUUUCAAGGAGAUCAACUUUCUCUGAGAAGAUACGAAGAGUUAAUGAAGGAGGGAUGGAGAAGAAGUGGAGAUUUUAUGUAUAAGCCUGAUCUUUUGAGAUCAUGCUGCAGAGCCUACACCAUUAGAACAAAUUAUGAAUUAUAUCUUGAAGAUGGGUAUUACAACAAAUCGGCUAAAAAGACCAUGAGAAAGUUCUAUAAAUCAGUGGGAUGUACACAGAAUGCCAUCAGCACGGAGUUGGAUGACUUCUAUCAUGCCAAAGAACACGGGGGUGACAAAGGCUUCUUUACUGUUUUGUUGCCAAACACGUUUAGUUAUGAUAAGUUUGAAUUGUACAAGAAAUAUCAAUUCAAGGUGCACGGCGAUAAGGAAGAGGAUGUCGACGAAUUGUCAUUUUAUAAUUUCCUGUGCUUGGAUCCUUUCCGCAAGGAAGAAACGGAAGAUCUUUUUGAUUGGAGGCUACUAAACAAAGAAUGGACAAGUGGGCAAUAUGGAGAAGAGCUAAAGAAACUACAGGGACCAAUUCACGAAUGCUACUUUGCUGACAACAAGCUUAUAGCAGUUGCAGUAUUGGAUAUAUUACCUACGAGUGUGUCUUCUGUAUAUUUUAUAUGGGAUCCCGAUUAUGCUCAUUUGGGACUAGGGAAUGUGAGUGCCAUUAGGGAAAUAAUGCUGACAAAGGUUCUAGAAAAGGAAUAUUACUACCUGGGAUUUUUAAUUGCCGAUUGUGAGAAGAUGAUAUACAAGGCUAAGUUUGGAGGUGAGAUACGCAAUUUCAGUAAACGUGGAGGGGACCCACUAUGGGUCCGUUUGAAACAUGUUUCAAAUCAGUUGGAAGAUGGGUAUUUUAAAGUGUUUGAUUCCGAAAUGAACGAUAUUGCCGAACAACAGUACGGAAUGGAUAGUGAUUGCUAUGAUUCCGAAUUUGUCUCAAGUUUUGAUGUAGUUUCAAAGACCCAGCUCUUUCCCACGCCAAAAGUGAUUCCAUGA